AUGUCCCGUAUACCCGUGCCCACUCACACCAACCGCCCCCAGUCCCCCUCUGCUCCACCCCCUUUCCUCACUUUCCCGACUUCUCCCGAGCGCUCAGACAGAUACAACGACCGUGACCGUGACGCCUCUCCUGCCCCACGCGCCAACGUACCCCGCUCGAACACCCUAGCAAGCAGCACAGCAGCGUCCAUGUCGUCCAUGUCAGGCUACCAGGGCUCCGUCUCGGAGUCGCGCAGGAAGCAGUCCAAGCGUGACGAUGCUAUCCGCAAGAAGAUCGAGUCGGAGCUCUCGCGCAAGCGUACGAUAUCGACGACACAGAACGCUGCGGGACGCUCAUCGCGGCGGGCUCCGGGAAAACCGGCGCCAGCAAAGGGCACCGUCGCUGCUCUGAAACCCAGCCCGGCACUGACUGUCCCGGAGAACAUUACCGUUGCGGAAGCCAGUCAGUUGUGCGCCGCGAAACGUACGGACUGCGUACUUGUCGUCGACGAUGAGGAAGGCCUGAGCGGUAUCUUCACCGCGAAGGAUCUGGCUUAUAGGGUCACCGCGGAGGGCCUGGAUCCUCAUGCGACUCCCGUCAGCCAAAUCAUGACGCGUAACCCGAUGGUCACCCGCGACUCGACGAGCGCGACGGAGGCGCUGCAACUCAUGGUGUCGAGGCAUUUCAGGCAUCUGCCCGUCUGCAAUGAGGAUGGCAACGUCGUCGGUCUUCUCGAUAUCACCAAAGUCUUCCAUGAGGCCCUCGGCAAGGUCGAGCGCAGCUCUGCCGCCUCUGAGCAGCUCUUCUCUGCUAUGGCCGGCGUGCAGUCCGAGCUGGGCGCUGUCGGGUCCAACCCACAGGCUGCUGCCAUGCUAGCCUGGGCCGAGAAGUUGCGCGAGAAGACUGCCCUGCCUGACCUGACCACCGUCAUGGACUCACGGACGCAGCCCGCGACGGUCAGCCCGAAGACGACCGUCCGAGAAGUCGCGAGACUGAUGAAGGAGCGCAGGACGACGGCGGUGUGUGUCAUGGAGACCCUUAGCCCCCAGAGCCCCGGCCUGGCAUCGACAACGAAGAUUGCGGGCAUCUUCACGAGCAAGGACGUUGUGCUGAGGGUUAUCGCAGCUGGACUGGACGCGUCGAGGUGCAGUGUGGUUAGGGUCAUGACACCCCACCCUGAUACCGCACCUCCUACUAUGACGGUGCACGAUGCCCUCAAGAAGAUGCACAAUGGACAUUAUCUCAAUCUCCCCGUUGUUGAAUCUGACGGGCGGCUAGUAGCCAUUGUGGACGUCCUGAAGUUGACUUAUGCAACAUUGGAGCAGAUGAAUGCGAUGUCCGGCGGCGACCCUGCCCAAAACGAUUCCGAAGGUGGACCGAUGUGGGGCCGUUUCUUCGACUCGAUUGGAGACAACGAAUCGGUCCUCUCGGGUUCCCACCAACACACCGACCUGCGUUCUUUUCCCUCCAUUGGUGACCUCCAUCUACAGCAAUCGCCUCACUCAGAGGUUCAUCCCAACGAUUCCGCCUCUGUGAUGGACGACGACCACGCCUCUGCACUCGAAGGCUACGCUCGUCAGAAGGGCCUUUCCGUUCCACCUGGCGCUGUUCCCGUCCCGGUUGAUGACGGCACCUACGUCUUCAAGUUCCGUACACCUAGUGGUCGUACGCACCGCUUCCAGUCGCGCCACGACGACGUGGAGCAUCUGCGCGAAGUCGUCGCCGGCAAGCUUGCCACGGACCCCUUCUUCACGGAGUACCGGCCUCCUUCGGAGGAUGCCCAGCGUCCGGACCCAAUCGACUUCCAUCUGUCGUACACAGACACAGACGGUGACACCGUGCUCAUCACCUCGGACCACGACGUGACGGAGGCAGUGAAGAUCGCACGUGCAAGCGGCACCGACCGCGUUGUGCUGUUUGUGCAAGGUGGCAAGGGAUGGGCUGAGGCUGGCGCGGGCAAGAGCGAGGCCAGGGCUGCAGAGGAGGCCGCUGCUGCCAAACAGGAGGCCAAGGAGAUGGAGAAGGCGGAACUCGCACCAGUCGGUGCAACGACCCCGACUGUGGUCGCUCCGGCGCCUGAGCCCAUCCCUAUCCCUGUUCAUGUAUCGCGUCAUCACGCUCAUGCCCAUGGACACGGGCAAGGAGAUGAGGUGUUUGGCAUCCCGAAGGAUCUAUUGCUGCCUGCGAGCAUUGGAGCAUUGGCGGUGGCUAUCAUUGGAGUGUUCACGAUCUCGAGGCUGACCUCAAACAACUAUUGA